UGACGUGCGAACCUGCGCCCUAUGACGCGUCUACGUAUAUGAUGUCUGUGGAGCCGACAGUUUUUGUUGCGCUGUGCAUUCUGGGAACAACACAGUGACUUCAAGAUGGCGGCGAGCAGAAGGCUGGCCAAGGAACUUGAAGAAAUUCGGAGAUCUGGAAUGAAGAACUUCAGAAACAUUCAAGUUGAGGAAUCAAACCUAUUAUCAUGGCAAGGGCUUAUUGUUCCUGACAAUCCGCCAUAUGACAAAGGAGCGUUCCGGAUUGAAAUAGUUUUUCCAACCGAGUACCCGUUCAAGCCUCCCAAAAUCACAUUCAAGACAAAGAUUUAUCACCCUAACAUUGAUGAGAAAGGUCAGGUGUGCUUGCCUGUGAUUAGUGCUGAGAACUGGAAGCCUGCCACAAAAACUGACCAAGUUAUUCAGUCCCUCAUUGCACUGGUGAAUGAUCCUCAGCCAGAACAUCCCCUGAGGGCAGACUUAGCAGAAGAAUACUCAAAGGACCGUAAAAAAUUCUUGAAGAAUGCAGAAGAAUUUACAAAGAAACAUGGAGAAAAGCGACCCCUGGACUAAUCAGUCAAGUUCAUAGCCCUUUCUUUUCCUCUCUUCUUCUCCUCUCCUGUUCCCUGCUCAAGAGGUUAUCUAUCCUACCUGGUGUAAAAUACCUCUAAAUCAUAGUGCUUUUACAAUCUUUUCCACACUUAUUUGCUGCACCAUUCCACUCUGCAGGCAUGGUGAUGUCAAUGUGCAAGCGAGGUGUGACGGCUAAAGCAUCCCUGCCCAUCCAUGAUUGUCUGUGGAUCAGGCAGGCUCCCUUCUGUCCUCUGUUUCUGUAUAAGAUGAUCUGAUUGUCUCUAACGUUUUACCUUUAGUCACAAUGUAAAAAUAAUUGUUAGAGAAACAUGAUGCUCACAAAUAAGUCGGAUGUAAAAAUUCUAAGAAAUGUAUUCCCUUUUCUUUUCUAUAAACCUUUGUUUAUAGAUCUAUAGAAUAUAGAUCUUAUGUAUACAUUUUUGAUGACCUUAACUUUUUCCAUUUUGUCCCAGUCAUUUUUAAACAAAAUAAAUGUAAAAAUAAGAAAGUUGGAGCUAGAACAUUUAAAGUGUAUUCACUGAAACAAGCUUAUUGCUUUCAUCUACCACAUUUUUGGGAUUCGCACUACAAAUCAUUGUGCACUAAAUAAGCAACCUUCUUUUCAGUUCAGCAUUCCUACACUUUUUUUCAAUACAGAUCACAUUAAGACAAAGCUUUUGCUCUUGUUUAGUCUAUCAUUAAAAGGUAGUUUUUUUUCCUCAAGAAUUUCACCAGUAGAUGAUGUUUUAAUAAGUGUUUGUUGUAUGAAAGUCGGCAAGAAUAUUAGAAAUUAGCACUAAAGCUUGAAAGUCAUUUGUCUUUUAAUCUGGGUCUAGCAAAUACAGUUCAAAUGUUUAGAAAUAUGCACAGACUGUUGUUUAAUCUUCUCAAACUUUUAUAGGAAUAGAGAAAACAUUUGUUAAGCGUUUCUUAGUUCAAAUAUAUCAAGUGGGGCUAUUGGCAUAACAUUCACAUCAGAUGCUGGCAACAACCCACGUAAUCCAAACAUAAAGAAAUCAAAGCAAAGUUGUCCACAAAUCUGUAUUUAAACACUUGAAUUGACGGGCAAUAAACAUGGAAAGCAUGAAGUAUGUGUGAAAAGGCAUAAAAAGCUAAGAAGCCAGCUACAAUCUGUCAGUAUUUAGAAAGCGUUCAUGCUGCUUUAUUAUCAGCUGGUUUACUAUUAGCUGGUGGCGUAUAAAAAGGUUUCCCAUAACUAAAUGGUACCAUUGGUAAAAGCAAAGAGACUAUCAAAAAGUUUUACUAUUGAAAAUUUUUUUAUGAUUUACGGCACAACCACACUCAACCUAUAUGGCCUCCACCAGAAGGUUACCCUGUUAACAGUUCCUUCCCUACCUGUUAGUGGAUAACCAGCUUCCUGACCAGCCGCCAAAAGCAGGUGAAGUUGGAAAACAUCUUCUUCCACUCGAGAAUAAUCAACAUUGGCUCCACUCUUCUCUUGGUCCUCUCCUCUCUAUACACUAACAACUGCACAUCUGCGGACCCGGACUACGGAGUUUUGCAGACACCACUGUCAUUGGUCUGAUCCUGGCUUUUGUGAUACAGACAGAACCACUGGUGCACACAGAACCACUUGAAACUAAAGACAGUGGACGUCUGGAGGAACCCCCGCCACACACACAUUCAUUCACUCCGCUCCCCCUUACUAUCCUCAACAAUGCUGUACUGUGGAUCACUUCCGAGUUCAUAAAAGCCAUCCUCUCUCAGUCUUUGACAUCCAUAAAAUGGCCCGGCAGAGACUGCAUCAACUUAAAAAGUCUAACUUUCCUCAGGAGCUACAUACAUUCUAUACAGCCUCCAUUUAGUCAAUAUCCGUGGUUCAGCUCAUCUACUAAACUUGACAUGUCCAAACUGCAAUGAACAAUUAGAUCUGCAGAGAGGAUCACCAGGGCUUUCCAUGCUUUCAUGACCUGUCCAGGGCCAGUAAAAGGGCAGCUAAAAUAGCUGUUGACCCAAUCAUCCUUGCCCAAGGCUUUUGCCCUCAUGUUGGCGCUAAAGAGCACUGACGGUUAACACGAGCCAAAACAGAGCCAUUUUAGCCUGUGACUCUUAAACUACUUUACAAUCAGGGUAACUAGCUUCUCUGCUGAGCGAGAAAAAAAUCUAAUACUUACUGAUAUGUAUGUGUUUGUAUAGAACAACAUAUGUAUGGAAGAAAUCUCCGCUGUUUACACUGCCCCUGUUCUUACCUUUUCGUUGGAUGUUUUUUUUUUUUGUUAUAGAUUGUAGUUUUGCUAUUAUGCUUGCUGUUUACUUGUCUGGAUUCCAGCGCUCACAUCGUGUAAAAACAGGCAAAGUCAAAUUCCUUGUUUGUACCCACAAACUUGGUGAUUAAAGUUGAUACAGAUUUUUAUUGA